UACCCAUAAACAACGAAGUGAUCCAACGGUUAAUCAGUAAAUGUUGUGACGUGGCCGAUAAUACCAAGCAGUCGAAGAAACACAGUAGAGAGAGAGUAAUUCGAAACAGUCCAAGAGGGAAAAGCUUUAAUGGAGCAGGAUGAUAUAAUAUUGUUGAACUCGCUACGAAACGCUGGCGUUUCAGUCCCAAGUCACACUUCGUCAAUCGGAGAACUGAAACCGGCCACUUUGGUUUCGAUCUGUCAGGGUCUUUACCUUUUAGACAAAACGAUGUCGUUUCCCUCGUCUUUUUCCAGAUUCCGCUGUCUAUAAGUAACAGACUAAGGUCUUGAAAUUUAUGUGUAUCUGCUUCAUUUGUCACUCAUUGUGAUUACUGCUGUACUUGUUGUUUUAAAAAUUAUUCUGAAAUCCAUCUGAAGAGGAUUUGUAUAAGUUGGUGAGAUUCUUGGUGGAGAGGCUUUUCCAGCCAUCCAGUGGUGUUGGAGUCGAAGAUAUGAAGGAUGCGAAAACCGAGAGUGACUCUAGCGACAAUUUGGAAUACUUCAUGGCUAAGGCGGAUAUUGAAAAAUUAGAUCUUAAUCAUCAACAUAAUAAAAUGAAUGCCGCUAGUCAUUGUAAUGUAGAACCUGAGUUGUCUGAUAUCAGUGUUCACGAUGCACCCUUCAUUGGGUCGAGGACACCAGAGUUUGGUGAUGACGAGCUAAGUGGCGCUCCAAGCCAAAGCCAUUUGUCUGCUGAAGAAGGGGAUGAUAAGAAUUUUCAGAAAGUGACUUCUGAUAACCAUCAGUCGUCUAAGAUAAGAAAUGAAACCCAAGUAUCACAAAGUCAAGAAAAAGCUCUUGCGAGGAAGGUGAUCGCAAGGACUUUUGAACUACAACAACUUGAAGAAGAGUAUAAUUUGUUGAAGGCUGCUGCAGAUAUGGCAUUCAGUGAGGCACAUCCGAUUGACUUCUACCUGGAGCAGCUUAACCGUCAAGUGGAUUCCAAAAGGCAUAACAUUACAGAAUUGGAGUCUGAGUGGGAUGCUUUUAGAAAGCCUUUGGUGGAGAAAAAAAUAAGCCUAGAAGAGUCGCUCUAUGGAGACAUGCCAGAUGCUCAAGAGAAGCUUCAGAAAUUGAGGGAAGUUGAAUUGGAGAAGCAGUCAAUACUGUCUGAAGUUAAGCGACGGGAGGAGGAUUAUUCAAAACUUUGCCUGGAGCUGGAGAAGCUAUCUGGACUGCCAUCCAGAAUAUCCUAUAUCGAGCGAAUAAAAGAGAUAACAAAAAAUAGCCGGAAACAGGAUGCUGAUAUAGAACGGAUUUUAAAAGAAACUCGAGAGCUUCAGUUAGAAAGUAACUCUAUUCAAGACAGCCUUCAUAGAACUUAUGCUGUUCUGGAUGAAUUGGUUUUCAGGGAAGCAAAGAAAGAGCCAGUAGGGCGUCAAGCUUAUAGGCUUCUCACAAGUAUACAUGAGUGUUUUGAGCAGAUUGCUGAGAAAAUUCUCGUUACUGAUAGAAUUCGAAGAGAGAUGGCAGAUUAUGAAAAAAAAUUAACAGCCAUGGCCGCCCGAGGGUUAGAUGUUGAGAAAUUGCAAGAUGAUCUUGAUGCCAUUAGAAAGGAGAAUGAAAAACUUGAACAACUCAAAGAAAAUUAAGCUCUGAAACAUCCUAGGUAUUGCUACUUUUAUACGGUUUUAAUUGUUUGAUGUUAUUCGAGCUUCCACAUCACACCCUCAUAUUCAUGCUUAUAUUAUUAAUUGAAAGCAAAAAAUCUUUCAUUUGUAUUCAAACGUGUUAGUCUUCUUUCCUCCUACUUAUGUUGCAUUUAUCUGUUGAAUGAA